GGCCAGGCUGACUGAGGCGGGACGCUGCCUAGGGACUGGACACGGAACAGCCCCGAGCCAGGCUGGGUGGGUGACGGCUGCUGAGGGCUCUGAGCGUCCCUGCAGGCUGGUGGCCAGCUGGCCACCCAUCUCCCCCACCAUGUCGGACGGCGAGGGCCCCUCAGCCGAUGACAGCGCAUCUGCUGCCAGCAGCAUGGAGGUAUCAGACCGCAUCGCCUCUCUGGAGCAGCGAGUCCAGAUGCAGGAAGAUGACAUCCAGCUGCUCAAGUCAGCGCUGGCCGACGUGGUUCGGCGACUGAACAUCACUGAGGAGCAACAGGCUGUGCUUAACAGGAAAGGACCUACCAAAGUAAGACCACUGGUGCAGACCCUGCCUCUAAGAACCACCGUCAACAAUGGCACCGUGUUACCAAAGAAACCCAGUGGUUCCCUCCCAUCCCCCUCGGGGUCCAGGAAAGAAACUGUUGUGCCAGCAACCAAAAGCAUCAAUCGGACCAGCUCUUCUGAGCGAGUGUCUCCUGGUGGCCGGAGAGAGAGCUCUGGGGACUCCAAAGGAAGUCGGAACCGCACAGGCUCCACCAGCAGUUCCUCCAGUGGCAAGAAGAACAGUGAGAGCAAACCCAAGGAGCCUUCAUUCAGUGCAGCCCUUCAGUCUCCGAAAUCCCAAGGGAAGCGCCGGGUGACACACUGCAAAGAAGAAGGCUAUGUAAAAAUGUUCCUUCGUGGACGUCCUGUCACCAUGUACAUGCCCAAAGAUCAAGUGGAUUCUUACAAUUUGGAAACAAAAGUAGAACUGCCAAGCAAGCGACUGAAGCUGGAAUGGGUCUAUGGGUACCGGGGGCGAGACUGUCGUAAUAACCUGUACUUGCUCCCGACGGGGGAGACGGUGUACUUCAUCGCAUCUGUGGUGGUGCUGUAUAACGUGGAAGAGCAGCUGCAGAGACAUUAUGCGGGCCACAAUGACGACGUCAAGUGCCUAGCAGUUCAUCCUGACAGGAUCACCAUAGCAACAGGACAAGUGGCAGGCACAUCUAAAGAUGGGAAGCAAUUGCCACCGCAUGUGCGCAUCUGGGAUUCUGUGACACUGAAUACUCUGCAUGUCGUUGGAAUAGGCUUUUUUGACCGAGCGGUCACCUGCAUUGCAUUCUCAAAAUCCAAUGGAGGAGGCCAUCUCUGUGCUGUGGACGACUCCAAUGAUCAUGUGCUGUCUGUCUGGGACUGGCAGAAAGAAGAAAGACUGGCUGACGUGAAGUGUUCCAAUGAAGCUGUGUUUGCUGCAGAUUUCCACCCCACAGACACCAAUAUCAUUGUCACCUGUGGAAAGUCACAUCUCUACUUUUGGACCUUAGAAGGAAAUUCACUUAACAAGAAGCAGGGGUUAUUUGAGAAACAGGAGAAACCGAAGUUUGUCCUUUGCGUGACGUUUUCUGAAAAUGGCGACACCAUUACUGGAGAUUCAAGUGGCAACAUCUUGGUGUGGGGAAAAGGUACAAAUCGGAUAAGUUAUGCAGUUCAAGGGGCCCACGAGGGUGGCAUUUUUGCACUUUGCAUGUUAAGAGAUGGCACGCUGGUGUCGGGAGGAGGGAAGGACCGAAAGCUCAUUUCUUGGAAUGGAAACUAUCAAAAACUUCAUAAAACUGAGAUUCCUGAGCAGUUUGGCCCAAUACGGACAGUGGCAGAGGGGAAGGGCAAUGUCAUCUUGAUCGGCACAACUAGAAACUUCGUCCUGCAGGGCACUUUGUCAGGGGACUUCGAACCCAUCACUCAGGGUCACACUGAUGAGCUCUGGGGACUGGCCAUCCAUGCCUCCAAACCUCAGUUUCUGACCUGUGGACACGACAAGCACGCCACUCUCUGGGAUGCUGUCGGUCACCGGCCUGUCUGGGACAAAAUCAUAGAGGAUCCAGCUCAGUCUUCUGGUUUUCACCCUUCAGGGUCUGUGGUUGCAGUCGGAACACUGACUGGGAGGUGGUUUGUGUUUGACACGGAAACAAAGGACCUGGUCACUGUCCACACAGAUGGAAAUGAACAGCUGUCUGUAAUGCGUUAUUCACCAGAUGGGAAUUUCUUAGCCAUAGGCUCUCAUGACAACUGUAUCUAUAUAUACGGGGUUGGUGACAACGGGAGAAAAUACACGCGAGUCGGCAAAUGCUCGGGCCACUCCAGCUUCAUCACCCACCUGGACUGGUCUGUGAACUCUCAGUUUCUUGUGUCAAAUUCCGGGGACUAUGAAAUUCUUUACUGGGUUCCAUCUGCCUGUAAGCAAGUUGUGAGCGUGGAAAUCACAAGGGACGUCGAAUGGGCCACCUACACCUGCACCUUGGGAUUCCAUGUCUUUGGAGUGUGGCCAGAAGGCUCAGAUGGAACAGACAUCAAUGCUGUCUGCCGGGCCCAUGAGAAAAAGCUCCUGUCAACAGGCGAUGACUUCGGCAAAGUUCACCUCUUCUCCUACCCCUGCUCACAGUUCAGGGCUCCCAGCCACAUCUACAGUGGGCACAGCAGCCAUGUCACCAACGUCGACUUCCUCUGUGAAGACAGCCACCUCAUCUCCACGGGUGGGAAAGACACAAGCAUAAUGCAGUGGCGGGUCAUUUAGUCCAAACAGGAGCCCCAGGAGCAGACCGUGCCCAAGGAGAGACUAAAACGUUCCGCUUGGUCACUGUGAUUUCUGUUUUGUCUAAAAACUCUUACAAACCUCAGGAAAUCUAGCCCUCUACCGGACACCUUAGCUUGGGGACAGCAAGUGUCACACCAGAUAAGCAGCUCCCAUUUCCGCUUUGGUUGUAUAGUACAGAAAGUACACAUUGGGUACGGAAAGGUCCCAAGGGUUUCAUGGCGGUGGCACCACCUGAAGGGACUGGUGCACCCUUAAUCUCUCUUCUAUAAACUCUUCAAAAACGGUCACAGAAUGCCUUUUAAAAUGUUGUAUAUAGUCUUCACUGUUUCACCAUCUAGCUUGCUAAGUCAACUAUUUAUGAUAACGAUGAACACUGAACCAGAGCUGUUGUUGACCAAGUGGUCCUAAAAGGUCCUAAAUCAUGUAAGAGUGAAUAACUGAUUUGCCCAGCUGGAUCAGGAAUGUAAAUAUGAGACUUUUCUCAGUUACGUUUCUAAGAUCUCACUCACUCCUCCCUUUGGGAGGCUGGCAAGAAGACAGGGUUGUGUUUCCCCUGUAUAAGCAAAUUCUACCACAGAACCUACAGAUUUCAGCAGGGUAUGUAGGUGCUUCUGGGUUCUGGUUAGACACACAGCCAGCUCCUCCGCACUUCCACAAAUUGCACCCCUUCUGUCCCCAUUCAUGUGCCCGGAUAAAUGGCAAGACAUUUAGCCACCAUCCUCUGUGCAUUAAUGGCAUGAUAUGGUAUUGUACUUGUAUAGGAUUUAGCAACUCAUGGUAAAUGCCUAAGGCUGGGCCUCACUAUGUGUGUUAUGGACAUUGUACGUUUGUACCUGAUGACCAAGAUGAUCAAGUGGAAAGGGAAUCUCUUCAGUGUCCCGGCAACCUGCAGUACACAGGCUCUCCAAGGCUCCGGGUACCAAGGGCAGCUUCCUUUCCUGACUCUCGUGUGUGGACAGCUCGCAGCUGUGUGGAGUAAGACUGUUCUGAUAAGUAGAACGUAGGUGGAGUAACUGUCGAGAAGGCCUUACCCAUUCAUUGUGUGACAGAUUGAAUUUAUUGUUUACACUGGGGACUGUAUCUCAGAUUUUUAAAAAGAAGAAUCAUAAACAGACUUCAGAAUAUUAAGAUUUUUACUCAUUUAAGGAAGUAAACGAAUUACCUGACCUCUGCAGCACUGAUUGUUUAGAAGGGCUGAUGAAGGACAGUUUGGAGAAAUUUUUCUUGGCAUCUCUAGCCUGCUGUGAAAGUGCAGGGCACUAGAAAAUAACAUGUACUAAAGAUGAAUCUGUUUGUAUGUACCCUUAUCAAAUAUAUUCUAUAAUGAAAUAAAACCUGAAAAGUGGA